UCCCUGUGUUUGAUUGGCGCCAAAAUCGAAGUUAGAAGGCAAUCUUCGAUGGAGGAAUGGCUUCAAAAGAUCAUAAAUCGGACAAGCGAUCUAGGCCUUGUUUGUUUAUUAGUCUGUGACAUUUGUUAGUCAAUCAAUCAAAGUCAGGUCUUCAUUUGUAAACGGCUUCAGUUUUAUUCGUGUUUUAUUUUAAGAAGACAGUACUUACUGUGGAAGCUCAGUCAACAACAUGGCGGAGAUGUUAGGACCAUACGACCCUGCAUCACCUAGCUUAACAACAUUCUGCAAGCGAAUUACGUCGGCUGAUUAUGAGAAAGAAGGAUCUGACUAUACGCAACAGGCAUUGACUCAACUAAUACAAUAUUUGGAGUACAAUCCAACUUCCUAUCAUAACGUACUCAGAAAAAGAAAGCGAGAAGAUGCAGAAAAUGCUGGCGUUUUUUCAUGGUUGAAAGUUAAAAUGUUGUCGACCGUGUAUGGAGAGGAACAUUGUGAAAACAUGUGUGACGAGGACUUGAGGCAGAAGCUAACGUCUUUAAAAAGUGAAAUGGUUACCUCCUACAAUUAUGCAGAAGAGGCAAAAGGUUCUGGAAGACGCAUCUCAAAGAGAAUUGCAAACAAAAUCAAACCAAAACAGACAGCUCCUUAUUUCCAAACAGAAGAUGAAGCUAUCAAGAAAAAUCUUGAUUUUGAACUGUGCUCAGAAACAAUCAAAACCCCUAAACAAAGACCACAAAAGACUGCAAGUGAGACAACUUCAAGCAAAGAAAGAGAAACCAACCUUAUACCUAGACCUCCAGAAAUGUUUUCUAUUCCACCACCGCCACCACCUCCACCACCUGUAGCAUCCUGUGACUUGCAAAUGACAACAGCAGCACAAGGAAAUGUUAAUCUUUCAAAGGCCCAUACUAUGAAGAAAUUGAAGGAAAAAACAGCAAUACCAGCAAGGAUAAAUGAAGUGAAACUGAGACCAGUUACAAGGGAAAAGGCUGGCUUAUGUGACAACAACCAAGUAGAAAGUUGUGGUAUUGGAAAUAUUGAUCUCAUGAGUUCAUUAAAGAAUCCUCAGGUUAGGGCAUCAUUAAAAGCUGUCAGUAACAAAGAUUUCACACCAUAUCAACUAAGGCAAAGAACCAAAGCAAAAGAGACAGAAAAGGAAAACGAGUUCCCUAUCUUCAAUCAAGAACUGAUUGCUAAGUUUCAAAAUGCCAGAAGUCCUGAUACUCCAGAAAAUUCAAAAUACAUGUCUGAUAUCAGUUCCCCAGAUUCUUUUCUUGCAUCCCCCUAACAUAAAGUAAUUGAGGACUAUUAUAUAUAAGAAUUUCUUAAUGUUGUGUUUCGAGUUGUAAAUUUUGAUUUUAGAGUCCCCUUUAUUUGCUUGCUAGCUAUAUUAAUGGAGUAUAAAAGAAUUGGCAGCUUACCACCAGCUGGCAGAAUCUGACACAUCAGGAAUUUCAAUGGCCCUUAGGCCUUCAUAACUAAAAAUUUGGAAAUUCGAAGUAUAAACAAGUCUUAUGAAAGUGACAACUUGCUCAAAAAUAUUUUCAAUCAACAAGAAACAUUUCGUUUCCCUAGUUUUGCAGUUUAUUGCAAAAUGAGAAAGAUCAAGACCUCCACAAAAAUUUGUAUUUAUAAGCAGCUUUUCUCGCAGAUAGAGUUUAUCAGCUAUAGGGUUUUCAUAAAUUCGAACACUGACUAUGUAGAUCUGCAUUUCCUCCGGUGUCUUUGGCCUGAUUUUGACAGGCUUGCUAGGAAUAUGAACUGAAGGAGAAUAGCUUCAAUUGCUAAUACAGGACGUUUUUGAAUUGCAGCACAUAGGGAAAAUUGUGUUCUCUUUAAGCUCUAGUUCAAAACACUAGAAAAUUUGUUUCAGAUUUGGAGACAUAAAUGAAUAAUCUUAUACGGGGAAAUUACCUUUUGAACCAGAAGGGUUGUAGUUCUUAAUUGAUAUACUGUGACAGUUUUACACUGAAAUAUGCUUUCAAAUUUUGCUCAGCAAUUCCUAGCUUGACUAUGGUACGAAACGUUUUAAAUCCCCUCCCAAGUAAAAAAGGUUGCCUGUCCCUGGUUUAUAGCCUAAAAAUUUAAAGUCCAAGCCAUGACUUUGAAUCUUUCUGUAUUUGCAGCAUGCAUAUGAUUCUUUUUA